AACGAUCGUGCAAUUUUUCAGUGUACUGGCCUAUGAUUUGGAGAAACAUGUCGGCAUACCAGUGGCAAAUUAUUACUCCCCGCACGAUUUUCAAAGGCGAUAACAGAACAAGCAUGAUUGGACAAUCUUGCGCCAUGGACUGUUUUGCAGCCAGCCGUGAAUCGGAUUACACGCGUGACAUCAACUUCAAUGGACAUCGACAUGACUGAUUACCAGCCUCAAAGGGAAUGCCCUUAUCGCUCACGAGUAUUUCCUUCGAAAAAUUAUCUCAAGGAGCACUUUGAAGCGGACAAGGUUAGCGCGCAGAUCGUAUCUAUCAUUGCUUUAUCUCAACUGACUUUGGACAGUAAAUCAUCCUUCAUCUUCUCAGCCAACUCCAACAGGGACUGCUCCCAAGUUUUCGUUAAUUCCAAGAAGCCAGCGAUGGCCCGAUCGGGUAACGGGGAAAUGUUUGAUGUUCGGAUGGUUGCAGUGGCAGCCUGCAUCUUGAGAGACCUUUCAAGUAGGAUUACCCGUCUAGACUCAAGAAACAGGAGGUUUUCCUAACGGUGCAAACAACAUGUCCCGCCCCGCUCCCGUAUUGUUGAGGAUAUCUCCGUCGUAAGAUGAUGUAGAUACAAACGCCGCUUCAGGUCCGAUAAGUAUCCCAUGUCUCUGCUCUGUCUGUCCCAAACCAACAGCGCCGAGCUUCUUCCCUCCAAGACCUAGGGACAUCAAGACUGCUGAAAUCCUCAUCAAAUCGCACCUCCUGUUCAGCCUACUGAUCCGCGGGAGGCAACUCAGCAAUAUGGCCUCACCUCAGAGUUUGCCGUACAUCAUCAAUCACGUAUUCCUCCCGCCAAAAUUACCCCAGAAGGACGAUAAUGAUUUCGAGCAAGAUUCGGCACUGGUACAGGAAUGCGAGGCAGCCUUGACAUCAUUCCAAACUUAUCUCCCCGCCGAAGAGCGUUGGAGAUGGGCAGGCUGUGCCAAGAUGCUCCGUAAAAUACUUGAAAUCAGAUGUCCGCGGGGAGAUAUGAUCCUGGAGAGAUUGGAAACAUCUCUUGCUGAGAUGAGAGAGAGAGGUAAGUUCACUUCAAUUGGAACUUGUGUACCUGUAGCUGACUUGCUCAACAGACACCCUCGCCUUUGAUGUCCGCAGCCAGAACGCGGGACUGAUCGUCCGCCGAUCACCAGAACAGUUCUCAUUUGAGUCUUUCGAACUCUCCCCAACCACGAAGUCCGUUAUGACGACAACAGGGCGACUCCAACGGUGUUUCCCUGGCCCAGCUAUCGCUGUGGGCUUGGAUAAGAUGGCCGACCCCUCUUUCCGUGAGGCUCUUGCAACUUUUCUCACGCAACUGGAUGCCAAUACACCAGAUGAGGCAUGGCCAGUGGUGGUUAAAGCACAGUCCAAGGCUAUCGAGGUUCGAGACACGAUUCAUCCUAAAUUUGUGACGGAGAUGCUUACUGGUAUCCUGCGUGGCAUUGGACAACCCCUCGACGUGGUUCGCAUUUACAAACGUACACGUGAUGAUGUUUUGUGGGAUAACGCAUUCAAACCCUGGCGACGAUCCUCUGUCUGGCUUCUCCUUCGCGUUGCUCUGCAGACCAGCCAUGUGGCCGACCAAGAUGAGCGUAGAGGGUACAAGUCAUUUAUGAUUUUCUUCAUGGCACGUAUCCUGGAGCGCGCAUUGCAAUGUCCCUCCCAAAGCGACAUCUUGUUUGUUAUGCACGCUAAGAUCAGUCGGCGGGUACUGAAACUUGGUCUCAGAGAUGAGGUGCCUUGGAUGCAGUAUGUGCAUGGAACUGUUGAAGCCACUGAUCGAGAACUUGCGAAGAGAUGGGAUAAAGUAGAACAGGACCCAGAUCCCCUCGGGUCACAGCAAUCAUGGAGCACUUCUAAAUUGUCCUUCGACAGCGACACAGAGCUCAGUCUUUCCAAUCUCCGGCCAUAUGUCGACCAAAUUUCAGCCUGUACAGCUGUGCCUUCAAAUGCCAAGGACUACAAUCCAGAAUGCGCGCCUCGUAUCGACUCGCACAGUUCAACAUUUCCGCAAGCCAAGCUUUGUGCGCUCGAAUCCAGCUACGCUACUCGUCUGUCAUUAAUGGACUUGGAGCUUUGGGUACAAGAGUGCCUCGAUACAUGGCUAGCUUCUAGUCUAGACUCUCCAAUGGCCUGUGGAGUCCUUGCAGAGCUGAUCCAAGACUACACCAAAGUCGCAACUUCUGCGUAUGCGAACAACCCGGAAGACAUUUCCCUGAUGCUGCUCACAACUAUGGAUCUAUGGGUGGCUCUUGACAAGUGCGCCACUCAUCAAGAACCGUUAUUGAAAAACUAUCAGCCGGGAUUUCCCCCUUUGCUGUUUGAUCCGCUGCUGCUGCCCAAGAGGAUUCAGAUGGAGCGCUUGGCCCGCGUGGAAAACUACAUCCAGGGGAGGAGGGACAGAUCCACACAUUCGUCAUCUCUCAUCUUCCAAGACAAUGACAAGGCACCGAGCUUCGCAGUUCAGUACUAUGAACAAUCAUUGCACCAUCAACAGCUCCGCCGCGAAAUUGAAGCGGCAGCGACACUUGCACGGGAUCGGAAGUUGGAAGAGUUAGCAGAGAAGAAGGAACAGCAUCGUCGCUUGAUCCAAGAAGCCAACUCAAUCGCAGCCCAUGACGAAGGAACCCGGUGGAACGGCUAUGAAAGCAUUUCUUACCACAGCCCUUCUUCUUGCACAAAGUGUCGAUUGAACAAUGACGCAGAUGAUCUUAGUAUCACUGUUCACGAGUGGCCACUUCCAUAUAUUGAUCUGGAGGCCAAGUCGACUGUGUUUGAACUUGACGUACCGGGAGUUAUUACCAGCUGGCGGGAUAUCACAUACACUCUUCUUGUAGACAUCUUCUCUCCACCUCGCAAUCUGGAAUGCACCGCCAAGAUAUACUUGCUUCGGGAUUUUAAUGGCCUCUAUAGCUACAUCCAACGUCCAGUGGGUAGGCUGCAACUGGCAUCUGAGGCAAAGCCAUUUGUAGUGGCCCACUACCGCUCCAAGAAGCUCCCUCAAGCCACCGAGAAGAAUUUAUGCGUCAAGAACGGCUUGCGCUAUUCCGUAUACGACUCAACCUUAAGUCAGUGGACCUCGAAGCUCCUGGAUCAGUGUGAUGUGCGGAACGUCUGCACUUUCCAGCUUCCGCCUGGGCCUUAUAAGACCUUGCAGUGGUGUUUGGAUACGACCUGUCAUACCCCCAAUGCUGUUCUUGCCAGGCAAGCUGAGUGCCCGAGGGCCCUUGAUCAGCACCAGUUCUAUGCGUUUGGAACCAUGCGAUCGGGCCAUCGGCUUCAGUGGCGCAACUUGGCGCGCGAAUUAACCAUUCGCACUCUUAACUUCAGCCAUGAAGAGACGUACAUGCUCGUGGCUCAGGUGGCCUGGCAGGUGGGUUGCUCGGAUGUAAGGCCGUACGAGUCUCACGUUGACCUAGAGGAAGAAGACUUUGGGAUUUCUUUGCUGUCUACGCUAGGAAAUGCCCUUGGGACCGUGGAGGGGAAUUGGCAAGGCUCGAUUGCGGUACACACCUGUCUCACUCUUGCGACUCGACUACUCUCCGUGUCACCACACAGCAUCGUCCAGAAUGGUUGCUACCAGAUUUUGAGGCGAGUUCGUGAGGUCACUCUGCGCUGGGCCCGGGAUAUCAGCACCCUACUUCGUGGGAGUCAGGAUGCAGAAGCAUCAACGGCAUUGCAUUUGCGGGCGCUUGAAGUGGCGUUGAUAGGCCAGAGCACGUUCGACGUCGAGCGGGAGCAUCUCGCUACGUUGUUACAGUCAGACGAAGACAUUGCAGUCAUUAUUGAAUGCUUUAUCACUAUUCGUGAUCGCUGCCCGGCUACUGUGGAGAGCCUGUCCCAAUUUUCCAAGAUCAUUCUACGGCGAUUUGAGAAGAUAUCAUACUGCCUCGAGACCGAGUUGCGCCAACGGAUCCUGCAAGAUCGGGAAGGCAUCGAUCGCACCGUACAACGGGUCUGGGUGGGAUACCGUCCAGGCAGCCCUUGGACUUCCUUGAAUGUGCCAAAUGAGAGAUGGCUUGUAACCCAGACAUCUGCGGAAGGAGGCGUCUGCUCGAGGACUGUCCACUAUAAUAUUUUGGACGGGAGCCUCCUAGUGGAUGGCAAGCCGCUUACAAGGCUUCCACGGUCUUAUGAGCUACACCCAACUUAUUGUCGAGUCUUUGGCGAGGUGAGAGAUCCCUUGCAUAGAUGAGUGUUUGAGCUAACUUGAUUAUCUAGCAAACCCUAGAGGUGGUCCUAUCAACAAUGAGGGGCAUGAUUUUCGAGACCAGGAAUGAGAUAGAGGGCCAACAGGUAGUUUUCACAGACUAAGGGCGAUCUAUAGGCUAACGGUUUGUUAGGUCCAUUUUCGAAUGCAUGGCACUGAACUUAUUAUUCGAACCCAAAGUCAGCAACAAAUCUGUGAGCUAGUACCUGAUCACGCAAUGCGUGAUGAUUUUCCAUUAGCAUUUGUGAGGGACUACGCCCACUGGCUGGACAUCAGCACAGGGCGGCUUGAAUGGCGCCCGUUGAAAGACGUGUGGACCUCUUCACCUGAAAAUUGGCAGAUGCAGACCGAUGGCCAUCAGAGGUUGGUGUUACGCAGUGGAGGCCGCAAGGCCAUCGAUGUUCGCAGUCCGACGGCCAGGGCUAUUACGCAAAUCCUCAGCCCGCUUGAGCAUGCACCUCAUAUUCACAUAUCUCUGAACUGCGAGACAGGAGCAUUAGAGAUCCACUUACCGCGGAUGAAGCUUGAUUUUAUUCUCAACCACGCUCAGAGCUUGCUCGAGUCGAAGCAGUUUCGGGGGAUGGUCGUGGACGAGCGGCAAUCCUUUGGAGCAUUUACCGGGCUGGAAAAUAAGCUUGUUUUACGCCAGAUUGACCAGUCAUCUCGGUCGGUCCUUGUCCCCCAUGGUACCGUGUCUUUCUCGCCCCAGGGCCAUCAUGUCCGGGUUACGAUUGAUACGACUUCAAGCCUCCAUGUCAAGUACCAUAUCUACGAGAUCGAUAGCCAACUCGGACGUCUUAGAGACAAUGGAAGUCUCCAUAGCCGACUCUUCAAGAUUUAUCUCCACGCGACAACGUCGCACUGCCUUGUCGACCAGCUCACUGGGCGGACGGGCACAGAAGAGGCAUUGCAUGACCUUGCAAGCAAAACAACUCGAUCUUUCAUCCAGCUCAAACCGGAGGACAUUGAGCUUUUAGAGAAGAUUGCCCGCCUGACCCCGCGACGUCAAUUUAAUCCAAAGCAUCUACAAGUGAUGCAGCAGGUGGAUUGGACGUCGCUGUCGCCUCUUUCACAGCACUGCGAAUUUUACAAGCAAGUAGUGUCGAUAUUAGAUCAGGCCAGGUCAUCCCAGACCUUUCAAGAGCAGCCGGUAGCGAUCCCUCGUUUGAAUACGUGUGGCGUACUGUGUCUUCUAGAAAGAGCUGCCAUCCGUGAUUCUUCGUUCCAGGUAGAAGGGUUCGGUGCAGCUGCUUUCACUGUCACCCAGGACGUCACUUACCAUUCCCGAGACCGGUCCAUUGAUGCCGACCGAGAGCUUCGAACCUGCCAGACGGCACAGCUCGUGAACAAUUGGUCAACCAACCUUACCAUAUGCCCACAGUUGCUCUUGGAGAUUGAAUCAUGGGCACAGCCAAUCUACGGUCCUGGCCACGUUGAACUGACGUUAGGGUUUGACCCUAAAUGGUUGGAAAGGCCUGUGGAGUUUCUUUCACGGUAUUGGUGUACCCUCCAAGAUCUGCUAUCCCAGAGCGUGGUUGGGACAGACAAGUAUAAGGUCAUGAUGCUCUUAUCCACUUUCUCUUAUUCUCUCUACGCUGAGCGGGAGCUUAUCCUAACCCUCCUCGCUUUUGCAACCUCCCCAGAAUUGCGAAUGCUUCAGGCUCCCCGCUCUCAUAUCUUUCAGCUUGCCGACGGGUACAGACCGGUACAGAACAGACUAGCCUGUCUAGCAGUAAGCCAGGCGCAAGAGUUUUCCUCAUGUUCUCAGUGCGAUCUUCCAACACUUGCUCACGAGACGAACAAAGUUGCCAAGGCGCGUCGGAAGCGAUUAUACAAAGCCUCGGUGGAUGAGCAGGCAACGAUUUUUGCACAGGAUCUUAUUUCCCAGUGGCCUGCAACCGAUAUGUCUACUCCUACCGGUCCUCAUCUCAGCACGUACAUCAAAGUCCAGCAGGCCAUGGAAAAUGCGCGUCCCGUCUUUGAUAGCUGGCACCGGAACGUACGGUUUCAAAGGUACAUUCAGCAGGUCCAGAAUAUCCUGGAUAGGCUGCCUCCGGAACAACAAGAUUGUCAACUCUACUCCUUUGUGCCACCUGUUGACAGCUAUAUUCCUCGGCGUACUUAUGUCAGCUUUGCCGACUUGACAAGCACCUGCGCUCCUCCUCUCCCCGGUCCCGACCAAGGGCGGCGCUUUGAUGGGUGGGUUAUCCGGGGCAAAAGAGGCGGCGCCGAUCAGGCUAAGCUCAAAGAGUUGGUGGGAAAAGUAGCAUCUCAGUGUUGUAGCACACAUGAGCAGCGAUAUGCGGAUGGUCUGGCCACGAGCUUUGAAGCAAUGCGUGACGAUGACUUGGUGGAACUGAAGGACGUGCCGAACCUGACUCCGCUGCUAGAAACUCACCUGGAGCAAGCUCAGCGUCACAAGAGGGCCAUCUAUGAAAGGAUCCGUCAGCGGUUGUGCUCUGGCUCUCAUCAUCUCGUUCGGGGGUCACGACUGCUCCCUCGCUUAUCCCCGAUCUCGAUUCUCUCGCGCUUAGCCAGCGAUAAGGUCACCACCCUCUCUGAUGGCUGGAAAGCGUCCUGGGUGCAGUAUGGACUGGCCAUAACGAAUGUUCAACGUGCAGAGCGGCUCCUCGCAGCCGCCAGCAAUAAGCUUGAACUCGUAGGUGAACUCGAGAAUUCGGGCCACCAAAACUGGGACCCCUUCGACCGUCCUCAAUGGCUUCUUUUCGAAAUCGAGAACAAUAUCUUAAUCCGCCCGCAACAGGUUUCCAUUGCCAAUGAGACAAUAAAUCCAUCUUCCGGCUCAAACUCCGUCCUACAAUUCAAUAUGGGGUUGGGCAAGUCAUCUGUUAUCAUUCCCAUUAGCGCGGUAGAUCUCGCAGACGGAACACAACUUGUCAGGAUUGUGGUUCUCAAGCCGUUGGCCAUGCAGAUGUUCCAGUUGCUAGCGAAAUUGCUUGGGGGCAUGCUGAACCGACGCAUUGUCUACAUGCCAAUUUCACGUUCACUUGACCUUAGUGUGAGUCAGGGGCGCCAGACCCGUCAAAUAUACGAAGAGUGCAAACAGAGCGGGUCGAUACUCCUUCUUCAACCGGAACAUAUCCUCUCAUUCGAGCUGAUGGGGUUCGAGAGGCUCCUCUCUGGUGACUCGGAGCUAGGCAACGUCCUGAUUGAGACUCAGAAUUGGCUGCACGCCCACUCACGGGAUAUACUCGACGAGAGUGAUGAGAUCCUGAGUGUACGAUAUGAGCUGAUAUAUACCAUGGGCCUGCAGCGUGCUAUCGAUUUCAGUCCCGAGCGCUGGAACAUAGCCCAACAUGUUUUAGGGGUUUUAGGCCAUGCUGCGGACCAUGUCUUGGAGAAAUAUCCCUCUGGUUUAGAAGUCAUGCCUGCGCCACCUGGAGGAUUUCCUCGAAUCCGAAUACUUCAGACCCAGGCCGGUGAGGUAAUAUUGGAGAAUGUCGCAUGGCAGCUCUGCGAAGAUGGCCUACCUGGCGUGCCUGUCUGGAGGCUUUCCGAGCGACUCAAACUGGCCUUAUUCGCGUAUCUUACAAAUCCAAGAGAGAGCGCAAAGUCGUUGCAGGAAUUACAAGACUCUGGUUUCUUGUCUGAAUCCAUCAAAAGUAGCCUGCUUCUCCUCAAAGGGCUUUUUGCGUGCGGGAUCCUCAGAUUUGCCUUGACGCAAAAGCGGUGGCGUGUCAACUUCGGCCUCGAUCCAUCACGAACGCUGCUCGCGGUUCCGUACCAUGCAAAAGACAGCCCAGCGGCUCGCGCGGAAUUCAGUCAUCCUGAUGUUACAAUUGUUCUGACCUGCCUGUCAUAUUACUACGGUGGCCUCUCAGAUCAACAAAUUCGUUCCAGCUUGGAAGUGCUUCUCCAGUCCGACCACGCCCAAGAAGAAUAUGAACGCUGGGUAGAGGAUGCUCCAGGAUUGCCUCGCCCGUUUAGGCACAUUACUAGUAUCAACCUCAGCAAUGCGAGACAGUGCUCGCAAGAGGUGUUUCCGCCAUUGCGAUUUGCGAGGGGCGUUAUUAAUUUUUACCUGUCGGCUAUUGUAUUUCCGACCGAAAUGAAAGAGUUCCCCAGCAAACUCUCAUCAUCGGGUUGGGAUAUCGCGCGAGAGAAAUCUCACCCGACCACGGGCUUUAGUGGGACCAACGAUAGUAGGUACGUGUUGCCACUGUCCAUCAACCAGCGCGAUUUGCCAGCGCAACUCUCAACCAAUGCUGCCGUGCUCGGUUGCUUGUUGCGACCUGAGAAUUACUCUAUAGAUAUCGGACCGACUUCGGCAACAGGAAUGCUUGACGCCCAAGUUCUCCUAGAGAUGAUCUCGUCGAGACCUCAAAUCCGCGUUAUCCUCGACGUCGGGGCUCAAGUUCUGGAACUGCAGAACGAGGAGGUAGCGCGCGCAUGGCUCUCACGUGUCCCAGAAUCCAAGGCGCAGGCGGCUAUUUUCUUUGACAGAUGCAACGAGAUCUGCGUUCUAAGCCGCGAUGGGAGAAAGGAGCCUUUGUCGAUCUCACCUUUUGCCCAGCAGAUGGAUCAGUGUUUGGUCUACCUUGACCAGUCCCACACGAGAGGGGUGGACCUGAAAUUGCCGACAGAUUAUCAAGCAAUCUUAACUUUGGGUCCUGGCCUAACCAAGGAUCAACUUGUCCAAGGUAUUCCCCCUUAUCUAGAUAUUGGUUCCUGCUAACGAUUGACAGCGUGUAUGCGGAUGCGAAAGCUUGGCAAGGGCCAGUCCGUUGUAUUUUGUAGCUCGAUGGAAGUUCAACGCAAGAUCCGGGAGUGUAGCGGCAGGACCGAGGGACCCAUUGAGGUGAUUGAUAUAUUGCAAUGGAACAUGGCGGAGACAUGUGCCUACACGAGCAGGACUAUCCCACUGUGGGCGAUGCAGGGCAUGCGACAUCAGCUUCGUCGUACGGUGUGCUCAUCAUCAAUAGCUACAGAGCAUGCGCAGAGACUUCUUGAGCCUGAGGCGCAAAGCCUGCAACAAAGAUAUGGACAUGACGACGUGUGUUUUAAGGACACGCUCUUCGGUAAUGUUACCGAGGAGACGCUCCUGGGCCGCGAGAAGCAGGUGAACGAGAUCCAACUCAAGUGCCGGGAAUUUGAAGUUGCAGCUUUAGGCAUGGCAACGUGCGAGGAAGAACAAGAGCGUGAGCUCUCUCCUGAGAAUGAGCGUGAACAGCAGACCGAGCUUCCACCACCAUUGCGACCCUGCGUCCACAGUGUUCAUGGCGACGUUCGACAAUUGGCGACACAUGGUUCUCUAAGUCCGUGGUCCGCCGCUUUCCUACCCGCUUUUUCGACGCUUCAUAAUACUACUGCCAAUGCCUACUAUGAAUCAACAGCAUGGCCUCGUGACUUGCUUGUCACGGCCGACUUUGCGAACACAGUUCGAGCGACAGAUGGUCAAGACCUGGACUCCUUCUUAAGGCCGGUGCAUUGGAUCAUACGCUGCAAAAGAGGGAGCGUUGUCAACUAUGUGGUAGUGAGUCCAUAUGAAGCUCAAGAGCUCUUGCCGUUGAUCCGACAGCAUAAGCAAGUAACACUACACAUAUACUCCCCGCGUCUUUCUCUGUCGAUGCCAACCCUUGAAGACCUCUCCUUGUAUGCUAUUCCGGCCGUCCCAGAAUCGUGGUCAGCUCCUGCUAUCAGCAUCCACCUUAACCUCUUUGCCGGUCAGUUGUAUAUCCGAACUUACGAAGAUUACUUGUUACUUUGCAGCUUUUUAGGGCUCUGCUCUCGCCGUCCAGAAAACGGCGUUGAGGUUGCAAGCGAUGGCUUCAUGGGUCAGGCUUGGCGAGCUGCGUCCUGUCCCUUCACUACUAGUCCGUUGGCUUUUGUUAGAACAAUGAUGUUAUUGAGGAGGAAGGGGCAGAGUAUUUCGUUCUCACAUAUCGGUCAACUUCUGAAUGGAGAGUUAAUCACCCGAGAGCAAUUCUCGAGGGAGUAGCAGUAAAUAGCAACAGUGGGAUGUGGACUGGACUUGUUGUGGUUAUAGAAGCAAGCUUGAAGCGGCAUUGUAGCUGGUGUGUCCAGGUCUAUAUUAACCAAGACUGAAACCAAAUUGACCAAAUUGACCAAAGACUAAAUCAACUAAUUCUAACAGUAAAAUGUUUUUGUUCAUUCUCAUAGCUAUUCAUGACCAAACGCUACAAUCUCGAUCUCGUACACAGCGUCUCUCACUACACACAGAACCAAAGCUAUGAUACGCCCCUCACGCCUCUCUUAGUACCAACUGCAGACUACGAGUGCCUUGCCCACACGAAUCGACU